AUGUAGUUUCCGUGAGUGAGGCACGUGUUCCCCCUGCAGCAGCAUGAGUAGAGGUGGUGGUGGCAUUUCGAACAGAUGUCUGUAGAGAUGGUGGAGCUCUCAGUGAAGGCGGCGGAACCGCUCCGGCCCGCCGGUAACCUGCAGCAGAACCGGGUCUUCCUCGACUUCUUCUGGGACCUGGCCAAACCGGAUCAAGAGGUCCGACUGAAGGCGGUGGAAAACCUGAUACAGUACCUAAAAACCAACAACAAGGAGGAUGAGUUGGAAUACACCUUUAAAAGGCUGGUGGAUGGACUGGCUCACACACGGGAGACUGCGAGACCUGGGUUCAGCCUCGCUCUGGGGCAGGUCUUGAGUGCCUUUGAAGAUGUCUCCCUGCAGAGUAUACUCAACAGAAUCAAAGAAAAGCACAACUUGCAAGGAGCUAAAAAGAAAUUUGCCAGAAAUGCUAUGUUUGGAAACUUGUUUGGUGUUCUCGCCAUUCAUCAGUCCAACCGCCUCUCUAAGGAGCCACAGGUGGUGUUGGGAUGUGUGCAGCUCCUGCAGAGCCUCAGUCAGCACAAACAACACCUGAAGGACCUACCCACCAAGACCAUGACGGACAUCCUCUCUGAGGUCCCUGAGGAGGUGUUUGAGGAGGUCCUCAUGGGAGCCCUGCAGACUGACCUGGAAUCUGCUUUCAGGACUCCGGAGCAGCUGCAGCUGCUGCUGGUAGCUCUGCAGCGCUUCCCACAAACCCUCAAACCCAAGAAACUGAAGAAGUUGCUGGGCUCCUCCACCAUCAUCAAUGCUGACAACAUACCCAAAAUAACAGAAGUGUUGAAGACGGCAGCCCACGCUGUGAAGAAGGAGCGCAUCCUCCCAGCAGUGGUCCUGGACCUCCUGAAGCUCUCUCUGAAGGAAGACAGCUUUGAGCUCUUCUGGAAUAAAGCCAUCACCGACGGCAUGUUAAAGGAGCAGCCGGGGCCAACUCAUUACAUGAGCUUCCGUCUGCUGGGCAGCGCCCUCCCUCUGCUGUCCACAGCCCAGCUGAAGGACGUCUUGUCUGGGGAGGUGAUGAUGAACUAUGGGGAACACGUAGUGUCUGCUCAGAAACCGGACCGCUUCAAGCUGGCCCCUGAGAUGGACGUCUUUGUGUCGGAUUUCUUGGAGGGUUGUCAGGACUCAGACAAACAGCUGGAAGUGAUGGUGGGUUUCUCCUCCCUCACCAACAGAGGCUACCCCGUGGUGCCGUCGGUGUGGAAGGUGGUGCAGCACCUUCAGCCUGCAGCUCUGCAGGGCUAUGUGGAAUGGCUUAAGGACAUAUUCCUGCAGCCUCAGCUGGACAAGCUGCUGGACAUCAGUACUCACAAGAAGAAGGACAGCAAGGGAGGACAAGAUCAGAAGGAGGAAUCUGUAUUCCGCCUGAGGAAGUGGAUUGUUUCCCGGCUCGCCUCCAUCAUUGACAACCACCAGGUGAAGAAGCAAGAGGAUCUCAUCAUGGAUGUGGCCAGGUUUGUAUUUUUCCACGCUUUCUUCAGCGCCAAGAAGGCCUCGGCCGACAUCUCGGAGACAAAGACGAAGCUUUCUGUCCCACUCGAUGAUAAAACCAGAGGCCUGCUUGUUAAUUCUUUCUUCGGACUUCUCCUGUCCAUGCACCACAUGCCGCUCACUGAGGACUCAACCGAAGGUGCAGCUGUCAGCCAAAAGCGGGUUCUGGGUGUGACGGCUGACGGCACCAUGUGGAUCUACCACCUGGUUCAGUACGCGCAAGCCCUGCUUAACCAGCCAAAACACGUCCAGAGCAGCCAGCCCUUCAGCCCUGAGCAGAGACAAGCCUGGGACAGCAUGCUGGAGUCUGUGGCAAACCUGAAGAAGAAGGCAAAGAAAAGCCAAACAGCAGAGAGCAGCGCGUUCCAGCAGCUCUUCCUGUUGGUCGGCAUGCACCUCUUCAAGGCCCCUGAGGAGCUGCUGGACAUCAUGAAAGACCUGCAGAGCUGUAUGGAGAAGGCUCAGGAGAAGAAGGCUAAAAAGAAAAAGGAAAAAGAAGCCACAGAACAGGAGGAGCCCGAGUGGGUGGAGGUGAUGGUGGACAUCUUGUUGUCGCUGCUCUCCCAGCAGAGCAGACAUAUCAGACAGGUGUGCAAGACGGUCUUCUCCUCCAUCUGCCCCCACGUUACUGCAGCUGCCCUCACCGCCAUCUUAGAUGUUUUAGACCCAGAGAAGGAUGACGAAGAGGACGCCACUGUGGUUGUCGAAGAUGACUCAAACACAACGCAAAAGAAGAAAGCAAACGAGGAGGAGGAUGAUGAGGAAGAUGAUGAGGAGAUGGAGGAUGACAAAUCUGAUGAUGAUGAUGACGAUGAUGAUGACGAUGACGACGACGACGAUGAUGACGACUCUGAAGAUGAAGCAAUGGAGGAGGAGGAAGGGGAAGAUGAGAAGAUGGAUGAGGAACCAGUGGACCAAAAUUUCCGCAUGGAGCUCAUGAAGGUCCUCCAGCAGAAGAAUGCUCUGGCCACAGAGGAGGAUCCCAGCAGUGAUGAAGAUCUGGAUGAUGAAGCCAUGAUGGAGCUGGAUAAGAGUCUGUCAGCGCUGUUCUCAGAGCAGAAGAAAAAGAUCCAGGCCAAGAAGGAUGAGAAGACAAAACUACAGAAGGAAAAGACGCUGGUCAGAGAGUUUAAGAUCAAGGUGUUGGACCUGAUUGAAGUGUUUGUGGCGCGGCAGGCUGGCAGCCCUCUCGUCCUCGGUUUGGUUGAGCCUCUGCUGGCCAUCAUCGAGCGAGGAAUGAGCUCCGGCAGUGACCAGCAGGAGCAGGACUUCCUCCGACGGACAGCAGACAUAUUCAGGAACCACCUGUGCAGGUCUAAGGUUUACUGCAGGACUGCCGGUGACAGACAGGGGGAGCUCCAUGACCUGCUGGAGAAGCUGGUCACCAAAUCCCAGAAGCUGUCUGAUUCCUCAGUCUCCCUUUACUACUUCAGUGCUUCUCUGUAUGUGGUGAAAGUGCUGCGAGGAGCCCCUCCUGCUGAGACCACAGAGGAGCAGACUGACAUGAAGUUCAUGGGUAAUGUCGACGUGGAUCGGGUCUCCACUAUCUUCAGAGAUGCUCUGCGCUCCUUCAUGAGCCGGAGGAAGAGCCCACUCACUGCUCAGAUGUUCAUCGACUUAUUCGUCAGAUUCCCCGUAUUAUGCGUGAAACUGUUGGACACAGCAGUACAGAACAUCACAUCUGGAGUCAGAGAACAUCAGCAGGGUCAAGCGUGUGUGUUGGUGUUGCGGGCGAUGCAGAGCAGGGAGGUUCAGCAGCAGCUGAGCGGCCCUCAGUGGACCGAGCUCUGCGAGAAGGUCACAGGUCAGCUGGCAGCGAGUCUUCGACAAGUUGGUAAUGCUGAGAGCAAGGUGGUGAAGGAGAAGGCGUUGAAAACUCUGGAGCUCUGCCAGUUUAUAGUCAAGCACGUUCGCCAGCAGAAGCUGUCUGUGGAUUUGGAGCCCCUCCAGCAGGUCCUGCAGUCCCUGACCAGCGUGAUUGCUUUCAAGAAGACCGGCAAGCUGGAAGACACCUACUGGGCUGUGAUGAAACACUUUGGAGUAACGAAACCUAAAGCUGAAAAAACAAAGCCUGAGAAGGAGACAGAACAAGAGUCGGGUCCCGCAAAGAAGAAGGGUUUUCUGCCAGAAACCAAAAAACGUAAGAAGCGCAAUAAGCCUGUUUUGGAGCCGGCAGCGGGCAACACGGCCUCCACAGACAAACCGGGGACAGAGAAAGGACAAGGCAAAAAGAAGCAAGACAAGAAAAAUAAACAGAAACGACCCAAUGGUGGCGCGACAGCAUCACAGCCCAACCCAGCCAAAAAGAGUAAAACGGAGUCUGAGAGCAAAGCAGCCAAGAAGAAGAAGAAGAAGCCCAAACAGAAGAAAGAGGGAGGAGGGCAGAUGUAAUGUGGAGACUCCUAUUUAAAUGGACACAGAAACGUUUUUGUAAUUUCCUUUAAAGAUGCUUUGUUUUCAUCUUUCUCUGGUUCUCACAUCUUUCUAUGUCAAAUUAUGAGGCUUUUAAUGUGUGGGAAGUGAAUUAAGAAAGACUAUAUUUUUCCCAGUAUAUGACUGCUGUUAUGAGAAAAAGAAAUGUGAUUUUCCUCCUGGAAGGUAAUCAACUCGGCCUCCACUUCAGAACAGUUAUAUUAGUUUUGUUAUGCAGGUAUGUAAAAUGUUAAAAAGAAACAGUAAGGACUUGUGUGAAAAACAUGAAAGCAUGGAUCCAUCGUGCAUUGGAUUGAAAGUUCAGGCUUGGGGUGUUGGUGUAAUGUUUGUGGAGCUCCUGAUUACUGGCUGAUCUACAAACCAACUGUAUACUGGAAAGUCAUGGGCUUAUGAAAUAAUCUUAAACCUGUAAAAUUUUUAUAAAAGUAUGUUGAGAAUGCA